AUGGCUACAGCCACAACGACAACUACAACGAGCCCCAACACCAACAGCAGCAGUACUACCAGUACUUGUUCAAAGACGCUCUCAGUGGAUGUGUCAGACCUUAUUCAAAUCCUUCAAGUACAGCUACCUCAGCUUCAUCACGAGACGAUAAUAUAUGAACACAGACAGCAAAUGGAAGAUACCAAGGAGCAAUAUCGUACGCUCUGCAAAGAAGCCGAUCAUUUACGAAAGAAGCUAUUGGCGGUUGUGCAGGACAAUAACACGUAUCGAAAAGCGCAAGAGCGCAUGGAAUCUCAAAUUUAUGCACAAGAACAAGACCUUGUUCAGGCACAAAAGGAUAACCAGCUUUUGAAAAAGCGUAACAAGGACUUGGAAAAACGACUAGAGAACGAGCUGCAGAAUUAUGAAAGCGAUCGAUUGCUAUGGCAACAACGUGAAGCGGAUUUGACCAGCGAAAUCAAACGCUAUGCAACACAAGGUCGGCAUAACAACGGCCAUCCACGACGUGCUCGUAGUGCAACGGCAUCCAACAUUUGGUCACGAUCCGAGCCAUCGAUCAUGCGAGGUCCCAGCAUAGGCAUGAGCCCACUCAUGGAAGAGCGUGCAACAACACCCACCAUCGAUGGUGUAUCAGCACGAGAUGCCAAGAUACGGGUUCAAGAUAAGCUGAUUGCCGAUUUCAAAGCUGAGCUUGAGCAACAAAAGAUGGUACUUCACGAGGCCAUGACAACAGCUGAGGCCCAAGCACAGCGUGUGGAUGGGUUGGAACAAGAACUUGCCAGCUUACAACAAGUCAAUGCCUCACUUAUGGAAGAUAAUGAGAGCUAUCAAAUGCUUUUGCAUGAAAAGACCAUUGCUGGUGAAUUCCCUGUCAAGAAAUCGGAACUAUCCACUGCCACAUCUUCUCUUGCAGCCGAGCUGAACAAAGUGCAACAGCAAGGCGGAGAUGGAGGAUGCACUUGCCAACAUGCAGGCGCAGUCAAAAAAUUGUCAGAGGAUAAUCGCCUAUUGCAAGAAUCCAACAAGGCUUUAUCAUUGUACAUGAAUAAGAUCCUUCGCAAAAUUGUGGAGAACCAAGAUUUGGUGGACGUCCUCAAUAUCGAUGAUGACGACGAUGACGAUGGACAACCCCAACAACAGCCAAAAGCUGUACGUGAUACAUCUACAUCUACCACAAGCACAGCUGUGGAAUCCACUACCACCACCACCACCACCACCAAUACAGCAGCAGCUGAAACAUGUAAAAAGACGAUCCCACCAAAGAAGGAUGAUCAACAGCCACAGCAGCAAUCCAAUCAUUCCAGUUUCCGUUUGUCAGGCUCACACUGGACAACACCUAUCAAAUGGGUGGCAAGUCGUGCAAGAGCUGAAAGUUUGUCAAAACUCAUGUAA